AUGUCAACUGGACGUCUCUUUUCCGUUCAGUCUCUUGUGUCUAAUAGUCCUGCAGACAUUGAGGGGCCCACCUCCGCCGACCUUUCAACUUCGCCUCCUGCCUCCAGUAACACUACAAAGCUGCCCGAAAUUGACUUUUCCUUAGAGCUCGAUAGAUCUCUCUUCCGGAAACGAGUUCGCCUUGCUGCGGUCGGAUUAGCCAUCGGACUGGAAAAGAAAAUGGUUAAGGCUACUCUGGAGACUUUGCGCUCCUAUUUUCCUCGACUGAGGAAUCUACCAAAACCUACCGGAACCUAG